CUGAGGGGUUCGCUAAAGCGCGUAAUUCUCCUUCAAGGUCACGUGCCAGAUGUGAGGGUGAGACACAUGAAUGGGCACACAGAUAGUGUUCUGCUAACCCGAAACAUGACCCAAUCAAAUAGCUUUACGUCACCAGCUAAACGAGAACGAACACUGGUUAACAAUACCCAUCGUCACUCUCUGCCACCAAAUGUAUCACUGAAGUCUCCUAUCCAACGUCGAAAUGCAAUUUCUUCACCAUCAAAUCGAAUGGUUAAACUCCCUAAUGUGGUGGAGACUGCAUCCGUACCAAAUUUUCAGUAUAAAUUAACUUGUGUCAUACGUGAAGCACAUAAUCAAUCGUUUUUGGUGUCGCAUUUAACUCAAUCAACCGAAGUCAACCAACUGAUCCGCUUCUUUUUGCUACGGUCGCAGGUCAUUAUAUCACAGUCUAUCAGUGUAACUUGAACAUUGAUUUAGAGGAAAUAUCUAUUGAAAAUCCUCCCGAAAUACCAACUGUUCAUCUACUUCAUUCUUUCUCUGAUCCUGCUGGUGAUAAAGAAGAGUUUUAUUGUUGCGCUUGGUCUCGUGAUACAAUUGGGAAUGGUGCGUCUGAUUUGUGGACUGAUUGUUGUGAAAGUCUUCAACCCGUCCAACUCCUCAUCCUCAUCAAGGUCCAGUUAAGUUGUCUAGCACUUCGAUUCUUCCUCCUCACCAGCAAAUUAUCGCUGCAGCAGGUAAACGUGGUGUGAUUCGGAUCUUGUGUCCCACUUUGGCUAGUUGCCCUGCUAGUCUUAUUGGUCACGGGUCAUCUAUCAAUGAGUUGAGAUUUCAUCCAAGAGAUCCUGCACUUCUAUUUUCGUUUAGUAAAGGUUAGUAAAAUUUAUCUUCUUGUAUUUCACUCCUACUAUGUCAUAAUCGCUCGGCGAUUUGUUAAGCAACACGAAUUUGUUGUCAAUAUCAGUGACCAACUUGCUAUUCAAGUAGAAUAUGGAGUCAAAAAACUGCAAUAAUACACUUUGUUUAAAUGGUUCAGACACAUACAGUUACGAAGUUUUCAACCCUCUUGUUCUCGUUGAAGCUAAUAAGAUUAUCAAAUUUCCGAAUAACAAAAAGCUACAUCAUACAUUCACAUUUCGUUCAUUAGCAUCAUUUUCAUUAUGCCUAACAAAGUUCAUGAUACUGGUAUUAUGAUCUUAGUGGUAAACUAAUAUGAGUUCACUCGCCACCUUUUGACUAUUUAAAAAUGCAAGUUUGAUUUCUUACAAACUUGAUACCCAACCGACUAAUAAAACAUUGAUGUAUGUUAAAUGUAAAAGGACCCUAUCAUGAUAAAAAUUCAUACCAGGUUAUGCGCUGGAUUUAUGCGGCAUCCAGCAUUUCUGAAUAUUUCCUACCUUAUUCCAUGCAAACUCUCAAAAAGCUUUCAACAAGUUGUAACGUAAUGUCAAGCCUUGCACUAAGGCUAACUGAAUACAUUGUGGUAAAUUACUCUGAAAUAGCCUGGGCCCUAAAGUCUUAAACAUAGAUUUGUAUCUCUAGAUUGGCUACUAGUGGGAGUUGCUGCGGUGAAUAAAAAAGACCACAAUUCGCAACAGGUCCAUUGUACCCUAAACUUGACUCCUGUAUUAGUUUUUAAAAGAAUAUCGUAACCUAAACCCUGAAGUUCGUGCCUUGUUUUCCCCGCUAAAGCUGAUCACAACUAGUAGUCACAUAGCCGUAAUCACUUAACUGUUAGUAUCUCUUCAAGCGAAUGCCAAUUUCCGACCAGUAAACCGGUAGUAUUUGAUAAAAACUUUACACAAAUACAAAAGAUUCGGUCAAUUUUUAGCAUUUAAUAGCAUGUGCAGUUUUCAAAUAUCAGCAGGAGUAAUUAGCAUACAGUGUGUGCAUCAGUAGCUGUCUCUAUUGUACUGAACGGCGAAGUCUGAUGCUGACGACAGAACAUCCGAGGGACCAUGGGUAUGAUAUUUGUACUUCUAAGCGCUUCACAAUUAUCAAUGGACAGCGGAGUAUGAUGCUUGCAAUUGCAAAAGCCUAUGUGAUUCGAGGCAUCAAACCGAAAAACGUUUACGUACAAAAGCAUAUAGUAUUCAACUUUAAUUUACUGUGGUGUAGUACUUGUAGCGUGGUAUAACCACAUGUAUUCUUUCUCACCUGCUCUCCACCUUCAAUUAAUACCCCCUAUCCUGUUGUUCUAGUUUUCCACUCUUAGUCUGUUUCCUUUGAUUAAUCUCAUUUCGACUGUUAUUGUUAAUACUAUUAUUAUUACUUUCGAUAUGUACCUAGUUUUCGUAUGACGCUUAGCUCCAUAUUGUUACCAUUCGUUUGAAUCGACUACUGACUGUUUUGUUCACAGAAUGACGUAAUCUAUCUCCAACCUAUUCAAUAUGAACAUCCACUCUAACCUUUUGUAUUACCACAUGACCAGUAAAGAUUGUUCAUUUCUAUGUUGCAAUACUUUAAUCAGUGUCUCAGUUUGUGUUAUGGAUGUGUAUUUUUUUUUCAUGUAUCACGCAGUGGUAUGUGUAAUCAAGCAUGUAGAAUAUACAGGUGAUGAUUACUACUGAAAUUAAUGAUUUCAUUCAACUUAGCUUUUUUUUCCACAUUCUUUGGUAGUUAUAAAUUUACAUAGGGAAGUAAAUGUACUGUUCUCCUGUAGCCUUCUUACAACCCAAUCCUUUUGUGGCCAACAUCACACGUUAAUGUGCGUAGUGGCUCGACCUGCAGAACACCUAUACAAGCUGUCGCAGUCGGUGAAGAUCCAAAACCUCAAAGAAACAAAUAGCACCAACUUAAGAAAUGACUUACUCUUGAUCUGAAUUGUGUGAUUAACUGUAGAUUCACUAACUAGGGUUCGGUUGAUAGGAAAUGUUGAUAGUUAGAUUCAUGAACACAUAACGAUUGAUAAAAAUGGCAUUGUUAUUCAAUCUUUAUCUUACGAUAAGUAACGUACAUUUUAUCCCUCAUUUAUGUUUUCCAUCCUUAUCUUGUUUUCACUUUACAUCCUAUUGUAAUGCAUGCUCCAUUGUUCUUUUCUUUUCCUUUCGAUUUCAUUUUGAAAUAUGUAACAGUGAUAUACUAUCUUAAAUUGUACAAUAUUUCUCAAUACUUCCUAGUAACGU